AUGAGUGAGCAGUUGCUUACCAAGCAGCAGUCACAACUGCACUCGGUGGCGCGAGCUCUUCCGAAUUUCAAAAAACUCGGAAAGAACAAUUAUACGCCAGCGCUAAUUCGAUCGCGACUGACGGGCCUGAAAGAAGCUUGGGCGCUGUGCACGGCCUCUCACGCUGCGCUGAUCCAUGUCUUCCCAGGGGCCAAACGGAAGGACGUCGGCUACUUCGACAAUGCGGAGUUCGAGGAACACGAGGAGAUCUUCCAGAGGACGGCGGACUACAUGACGGAAUGCCUCGAAGAAUUAGAGCCUCCUCUCAACUCAACUCCAUUGGCAAGUCCACCGGCGUUCGGUAAUCCCUCCGCGUUACUCUCCUUGUCGCACCUACCGUCUAUCAAUAUACCCCCGUUCUCGGGAACCCAUGAGGACUGGGAGAGUUUUCGCGAUCGAUUCACGUCGCUCAUAAUUAAAAAUACAGAGUUAACUGCAUUUUCCCGCAUGCAUUACUUAGCGUCUAGUCUCUCCGGGCGUGCUCUGGAAUUGAUACGAACUGUCCCAGUCACCGCCGACAAUUUUGAAGUCGCUUGGCGAUUGCUAGUCUCGCGCUACGAUAACAAACGGCAACUGGUCGGCGUGCAUGUCUCCGCGCUAUGCAACCUGCCGGCCGUCACACGCGAAUCGGCCGUCGAGCUUAGCGAACUACAGGAUAAAGCCAAUCGAGCUAUCGCGUCGCUCAGAAAUCUCCACCGGUCGUCAGACGAAAUUUUGAGUGAUGUCCUAGUUCAUCUUGUCACUCAGCGACUUGAUCACGCCACGCACAAGGCGUGGCGACUGAAAGGAGGCGAUGAUGCCGCGAUUCCAACAUUCGAGGACUUAGAUAGAUUUAUCUCCGCGCGCGUGCGAGCCUUGGAAGAACUCACGCCUCAUAACGCGGCUAAGCCCACGCGUCCGUCAAGAUCCGCCUCCGUGAACGCCGCCACCACGUCUCCAGUCUCGUGUCCGAUUUGUAAGGCGAGUCAUUACUUGAGUAAGUGUCCGCAAUUUGUUAAGAAAGGUCCGAGUCAACGCAUGGAGUUCAUCAAACAGCACCAAAGGUGCAUUAAUUGUCUCAGUGCGAAACACGCCUUGUAUUCAUACCCUAGCCAAUACACUUGUCGCCGAUGCCAGAAAAGGCAUCAUUCGAUGCUCCAUGUUGAUUCAGGCUCAUGCGUUACCGCCUCGGUGAUCACUGCUGAAUCGACUUCGCCGGUCGAAGCGAGAGGUAAUCGCGGCGCGGUAGCGUUGUUUGCUUCGCAAGAAUUAUCGCAUCGAACUCCGGUACUCCUUGCGACGGCGCGAGUCACGGUUCGUUCACCGGCGGGUCGCGACGCGAACGUGCGAGCGUUGCUCGAUCCGGGAUCGGAGAUAACCUUCAUGUCCGCUCGGCUUGCACAAACCUUAAGACUGCGUCGUUUCCAAGAUCAGUUUUCACUCUCUGCCAUCUGCGGUCUUAAAGCGGGUAACUGCAAGUUUGCAGCUCAAAUUACGAUCUCGCCGCAAAAUAAAUCAGAGCCGAGUCUCACAAUCACUGCGUCGAUUUUGCCUUCACUCGCUGAUUACAAUUCGGGGCUCGAUCGAGCCAGGUGCAACUGGGAUCAUCUCGCGGAUCUCGCCCUAGCAGAUCCUCACUUCAAUGGUUCUGAUCCCAUUGAGCUCCUCAUCGGCGCCGAUAUCUAUGGCGAGAUAUUCCUUGGCGAAAUGCGGAAGGGACCUCGCGGGCAGCCCUAUGCAUUAAAUACUAUUUUCGGAUGGGCAGUAUCCGGUCCUACGAGUGUUUCACUUCAAUCCCGCCGAACAAUCACUGUUCAACAUUGUUCGGCCUCAACGUCGCUUGCGCUCGAUCGCGAACUGAGAAGAUUUUGGGAGAUCGAGGAAGUUCCGCGACAGACUGUACUCGGCCCGGAGGAACAACGAUGCGAGGAUUACUUCAUGACCACUCAUUCGCGUUUUUCCCACGGCCGAUACAUUGUGCGCCUUCCAUUCAAACGUGAUCCUCCCAUUAAUAUCGGUCGUUCUCGCGAUACCGCUGAGCGAUGUCUAAAAAGCUUACUUCGACGCUUUGAAAUUAACGCCGAGCUAAAACAACAAUAUUUCAAUUUCAUGCGGGAAUACGAAGCUCUGGGACACAUGCGCAGAGCCUCACCUCUCUCAGAAUCCUCUCAGUGCGUGUAUAUUCCUCACCAUCCCGUCUUUCGCGACGGUAGUGCGACCACACACUUGCGCGUGGUGUUCAAUGCGUCGAGUCUAACGUCUAGCGGGAAAUCGCUUAAUGAUAAUUUGCUUCCAGGACCGAAACUACAAACGGACUUGGCGGCGGUCGUGAUGCGAUGGCGACAGUUUCGCUACGUAUACUCGGCCGAUGUCGAGAAAAUGUAUAGGCAGAUCGUCGUUGAUCUGCGUGACACAAAUUAUCAACGCAUAUUAUGGGUGGAUACCGAGACGGAGCGCGUGCAAGAAUAUAAGCUCUUGACCGUGACGUACGGCAUGGCGUCGGCGCCGUUUUUGGCGUUACGAGUCCUGCGCCAACUGGUCCGCGAUGAAGGGCAUUCCUAUCCGUUAGCCGUGUCCGUCCUGACGGAUAACAUUUAUGUUGACGACGUCUUGUUCGGCGCCGACGAUAUCCCUCUGCUUCAGCAGGCGCGCGAGCAAGUAUGCUCACUGCUGUGCUGCGGCCAAUUCAAUUUGCGUAAGUGGUCCAGUAACUCGUCGGCUCUUUUGAGCGACAUUGAUGACAGGGAUCACGGUUUGGCAUGCAGCAAGGACCUUCAACCAGGCGAAAAGGUUAAAGUCCUCGGGAUAUGCUGGCACCCCGCUAAGGACGUGUUUCGGUUCCGCAUUUCCUGCCCUCCCUCUGUCUCGAUAACGAAAAGAUCGAUUCUCUCGAAUAUCGCGCGAAUAUUUGAUCCGUUGGGGUGGAGUGCUCCGGUCACCAUAACGGCAAAAAUCUUUCUUCAGCGACUGUGGCAAUCACAGCUCGACUGGGAUGACCAAUUUCCCCCCGAUCUCGCUGAUGAGUGGGAAGCUCUUCGGGCGUCACUCCUGUCACUUGAUGGCCUUCAACUCGAUCGAUGGGUUCGACGCGGAUCGGAUACGACGGCCUGCGAGCUGCACGGGUUCGCGGACGCGUCCUCUCAUGCGUAUGCAGCCGUGGUUUAUCUGAGGCUUCUCUCGAUCUCCGGAGAGGUCUCCUCGAUGCUCCUCGUCGGAAAGUCUAGGGUCGCGCCCGUUAAAUCAUUGAGCAUUCCGCGAUUGGAGCUCGCAGCAGCGGUGCUGCUCUCCAGAUUAAUGGAGUUCGUGAUCACGUCCCUCCACCUUUCCGAGGUUCCGUGCUACUGCUGGACGGACUCCACGGUCGUCCUUGCGUGGGUUACGCAGCAUCCGUCACGGUGGCGAACGUUCGUGGCAAAUCGCGUCGCGGAAAUCCAGACCCGACUUCCCUCCGCUUCGUGGCGACACGUGCCCACCAUUGACAACCCCGCCGACUGCGCGUCUCGCGGAAUUUCCGGGCAUCAGCUCGCAUCCCAUCCGUUGUGGUGGCAUGGUCCAUUGUGGCUUAAGCUUCCGAUCUCCGACUGGCCGGUACCUGUCGACCCUCACCCUCAGACCUCAAUGGAACAAAAUGUAAAGACGCAGGUUCUCGUCGCGAUGUCGAGAGACACUGUCGUGUGGGAUCUCGCCGCGCGCCACUCGUCGUGGCCGAAGUUAAUGCGCAUCACCGCCUACGUUAUGCGAUUUAUCUCGCGUACUCGCGGACGUAUUACGUUGCCGGCUGAGCGCGUCGAGAGUCCCUCAUCCUUGACGGGUCACGAAAUUCAACGCGCGACGAACUUUUGGGUAAAAACCAUUCAAGCGGAGCUAUUCGCGCGCGAGCUGACCGCGCUUCGAAGGGGAGACGCGCUCUCAUCGAAAAGCGUACUGUUGCCUCUCGCGCCGUAUUUGGACGAAGAUCAAAUAAUUCGUGUUGGUGGGCGGUUGUCGCGGGCGCCCAUCCCGGCUCACGUCAAACAUCCGAUCGUUCUCGCGCCCCAUCCUCUCGUCCAGCUCCUCAUACAGGAUAUUCACAGGCGAUAUCUCUAUGCCGGCAUCCAGCUUACUCUGGCAACGCUGCGGCGAAGGUACUGGGUUAUCCGAGCUCGCGGUGCGGUCAGAUCGGUCAUCCAUCGGUGUGUCGCGUGCACUCGCGAGCGAGCUGCCGUCCCGACACAGCUUAUGCGGAACCUCCCGCAAUUCAGAGUCUCUCCUCCCGCGCGCGCAUUCAUUCACUGCGGAGUAGAUUAUGCUGGCCCGAUACUAGUUCGAGCGAUGUCUGGGCGCGGAGUGGCCUCCCGAAAGGCCUACAUCGCCAUAUUCGUGUGUAUGGCAACGCGCGCGGUACACUUGGAGUUGGUCGAGGGGUACGCCACUCCGGCAUUUUUGGGGGCCUAUUCGCGAUUUGUGGCUCGACGGGGUCUUCCGACGGCGGUGUACUCCGAUAACGGGACCACCUUCGUCGGAGCGGACCGCGAACUCACAGUCGCGUUUAGAGCGGCUCUUCGCGAUCCCGUUUUUUUGAAUAGGACUGCUUCGGACAAUGUCGAGUGGCAUUUUCUGCCUCCUUCCGCCCCUCAUUUUGGCGGCCUAUGGGAGGCCGGUGUUCGAAGCGUGAAGCACCACAUUCGCCGGGUGGUUGGAGCGCACACGCUGACGUUUGAAGAGUUCUCCACGCUUCUUUGUAACGUCGAGGCAUGCCUCAACUCUAGGCCCAUAGCACCGCUCUCCGACUCCAUAGAUACAUACGAUCCGCUGACCCCCGGGCAUUUUCUCAUUGGUGCUGCUCUUAACUCGAGUCCAGAGCCUUCCCUGUUACAGGUAAAAGAAAAUCGCCUAUCUCGAUGGCAGUUGGUUCGGCAGCUCACCGAGCGUUUUUGGAAGUUGUGGCAGAGCGAUUAUAUUAACAUGCUGCAACAGCGGGGAAAAUGGCGACAUAUUGAGAAGCCAAAUAUUUGGGUGGGACAGUUGGUUUUGCUUCGCAAUCCACUGCUUCCACCGUGCAAGUGGGAGCUCGGCCGCGUUGUUUUGUGUCACCCGGGUCUCGACGAAUUGGUUCGCGUUGUUACGGUAAAAACGGCGUCGUCCGAGUACAAGCGUCCGAUCGGUAGACUGUGCCUUCUACCGAUCGAUAUUGAGAAGUCGGAAAGCGCCGACAAGUGA